AUGGUUGUUGCUCUCGGUUCACCUCAACCCGUGUUCACUGUUCCGCCGCUCGACACAAUCCCAGAUGGUUCAGACGACAAACCUCAACCCGGCCGUAAUCUGGAGGUAGUUGGCCCUUUGAAAGUCUCGUCUUUGGUCUUUGGUGCGGCUGCAUGGUCCCACUUUUAUAAUAAUGACGCCUAUUUGGCGAGUGAUGUCCCCCUGCGUACCAUCCGUCUCGCUCUUCGAUAUGGCAUCCGGACCUUCGACACCUCGCCCUAUUAUGGAGCGUCAGAAAUCGUAUUAGGCACUGCGCUCAAAGCGUUGGAACUCGAGUUUCCUCGGUCUUCAUAUCAACUGAUGACAAAAUGUGGCCGAUACGGAUCCUCCGACUUCGAUUAUUCGCCGUCCACGAUUCGGAAGAGUGUCGAACGUAGUCUAUCUCGUUUGCAUACGACGUACCUCGACACGGUUUAUCUGCACGAUGUGGAGUUCGUCGCGACGUCGGUCAUGCCUCGUAAGGAGGGAAAUCACAUAGGGGCGUUGAGCGACGAGAGUGAGGUGUAUGGGUUGAAAGAGGGGCAGGAGGGUACGAUAUGCGGGGAAGGGGAUCAGAAGAUUCUGGAUGGGAUUGCGGAGUUGAGGAAAAUGAAGGAAGAGGGGCUGAUCAAGAACAUCGGGAUCACAGGCUUUCCCCUACCAGCACUCCUCCGCCUUGCCAUCCUCGUAGCCAACACAGCACCCUACCGUCCCCUCGACGUCAUCCUAUCCUACUGCCACCUCACUCUCCAGAACAGCACCCUAUUGGCCUUCCUCCCAUCAUUCCUCCAACGCGCCCGCGUCUCCCAAGUCCUGACCGCUUCUCCUCUGUCUAUGGGACUCCUCACACCUACGAUACCUGCUUGGCAUCCCGCGCCACCAAAAGUGAAAGAAGCAGCUAUAGUCGUAGUUUCGAAGUGUCAAGAGUUGGUAGAUUCAGGAAAGGGAGGAUUGCCGAACGUUGCUAUUGGUUGGGCUGUGGAGAAGGCGGAGGAGGAGAAGAUAGCGACGGUUGUGGGUUUGAGUAAUCUGAGAGAGGUGCAUCAGGCGGUUGGUGCAUGGAGGGAGGUCAAGGAGGGUGGGAAACAGUAUGAGCGGUUUGCGGCUCAGGCUAUUCAGGCGUUCGAGGAGGCUGGAGUAAAGGAUUGGUCAUGGUCAUGA